AUGUUUAGGAGGAUAACCCACGUGUUCCGUCCCAACCGUCACGGGCAAAGAGAGCGGGACGGCUUCGGGCCGGGCUACCGCAGCGCCUGUACCAUCAGGCUGGUCCGCAGCACCUCCAUGCUGCUGGUGGGAGAGAGGACGCGAUCUUCCGAGGGCGUCACGUUGAAACGGAGCAAGAGCACCGUGAGCGUGGAGUCCACCUUGUACUACUACCACAGGCAAGAGGACCGCGUGUGGCUUCACUCCCACGAGCAGAAUUGCCUGGAGUACCUGCAAGCGCUGGUGGCUCUGCGGCGGCGCUACACAAAGAGUGUGAGCGACUUGAACACGGGCGACGUCAAGGCCACGGUGGCCUCCAAGAAGAAAGAAAAAAAAACAGUAUCGAGAGCGAACCCCACGGCGCCGCCCGUGCCCAAUGUGGAGGACACGCUGCGCUUCCUGGAUGAGGCGAUUGCGAGCUGUGACAGUGAACCUCAGCGCAAACCUUACAUGGAUGACGGAAACGCUGACGUGGACUUUAUAGUGGCGUCCAGCUCAGCAGAACACGACCUCCACUCCAACUGGCUCUUGCGGGUUCCUCGGGUGGCAGGCGACCCUGACGUGCUGCAGCGGGAGGUUCUCGCCCGUGCCAAAGAAAAAGCCCUCAAUAAGAAAAACAAGAGCGGGUCGACCAGCAGCAGGUUGCGCCUGCAGAGGAACCCCAUCCAUUUACCCAAAGUGGUGGAGAGUGCCCUGCAGACGCUUCGCUCCAAGUCCAAAAAGUCCUGA